CACCGUCAUCUGAUUACUGGAACAUUAAAUUAAAGUAACAGCGCGCGUCGUGAUUCCGUGGUCAUGAGUCAGUCAGUACGAGACGGUUAUCGUUGGAGGUGGGAGGAAUUUGAGCGAGUUACUGUACAAUAUCCGACCGUCUACGAUACUAUAUACGUCAACGAACAAAACGCAUAAGAUAGAGUCUAGAUAAUGUGAAGUGUUUAUUUUUUCAUGUGUUGUGAUUUUGCAUAAGUUUACAUAGUAUUAAUACUACGCAACGUGGUGCCUUCUCUGGUGUGUUACUUCGCUAUAUUAAGCUCUAAUUAAGUGAAGUGGGAAAGAGUGAGUGUAAGCGAGAGAGUGAGGGAGUGGGAACGAGAAAGGGAGGAGUGGGAGCGAGAAGGAUUGAGGAAGUGGGAGGGAGAGAGAUGGCUGCUCGAGUGUUACUGAAGGAAGGAUCCAUCGCCGUGUUCCUACUAGUCAUCCUAGGCAUAAUGGUGUUGGAACAUCAGUAUGGUCAGGUAAGAUCAUACCUCUCCUCCAACUCCAACACUCCUAACGUCGUCACCACCAGCAGCAACGACAGGGUGGGUGAGGCGAGGGCGGCCAUUCAGUCUUGUCGCAUUGAAUCUCUUCAGGACAUCAAACAGUUCUUUGGUUAUUUUGACCAGGACAAAUAUAAAUGUUUAAAUAAGAAAAGUUUCGGCGGGACGGAAAGUUAUGGACUGAAUAGGCUGAUCAAGUUCACGGAUGGCUACAAGUACGUGUGUCUCGACCCAGGCGUGGCUCCUCCCCCCUCACACUGUCUCGUUUACUCCUUCGGCAUCAAUUACGAGUGGUCCUUCGACGACGCCAUGGGUGUCUAUGGGUGUGAGGUGUUCUCGUUCGACCCCACCAUGGCCAUGAAGGACCACCAGCGCUCUCCCAAGGUCAACUUCCUUCAUCUGGGUCUCAGUAACAUCACAGGCAGACAGACCAUCGGUAGCAGGAAGUGUGAGGUAGAUCGUCUGGGAGGCAUCAAGGAUCGCCUGGGCCACGCUGGGAGGAGGAUCGACGUCCUCAAGAUGGACAUAGAGAAGAUGGAGGUGGAGGUGCUGGAGGAGGUACUGAGCCACCAGCCAGAGCUCCUCACCUCCGUUACACAAUUUGCUAUAGAGAUCCACCCAGGAGCCUACAAAGGCCAAAACCUCAGCGAUCCCACCAACAUCUUCCAACGGUUCUGGCGGAUCUUCCAACAGCUUAAAUGUCUAGGCUUCCUCCUCCUUCACUGGAACUACAAUCCAGCCGUCUCGAACCGCUACUGGUGGCAGGGUUCACGCCAGUCCACCUGCUAUGAGAUCGUAUGGCUCAGGCCCCCUGCUUAAUAUGCCCCCCCCCCUCAUUAGUAAAACAAUAGUAGGGGUGUGGUUCAGGCCCCCCCAUUAGUAAACAAUAAGCUAAAUGUAUUAGACAUCCACAUUAAGAGGUUUCAAUUUUUUUCACCCAGAGACAAUCAAAUCAUCUACGAAGAAAUUGUGUGAAAUCAUACAUAGCGUUUAUGAAGGUAACUGUUAACAUCAUAAACAAAGUUAUUCGCUAUUUGUUUUGUAUACAACAUGAACACUGGAAAAAUAUUAUAUUAUAUGAAUAAAAAUUCCUCUAAGAUUACACUGCCCUGCAUAGUUUUUGAGGUUUGUGUAUUAUUAAGCUUUUCUGGGUGUAUUUUGCAUGCUGAUC